CGGUUUCAAAAUGGCUGACAUCAAAUCUAGAAACAAAAGAUUUAGGAAUGCUAUCAAUGAUGGAAUGUGUCACAACAUUACUAAGUAAACGUUUUUUAUGUAAUUGUUUAAAAGUUGAAGAAAACCCUUAAAGUAUGGACCCUUAUCCUGAUCAUGGAAUGUCUGGGUCGCAAGGUCAAGGUCCAAGCCAGAGCCCAGACCUCAUGCACGACCAACACCUUCAGCAGCUACACCAGUCAAUACAGCAGCAACAGCAGCAGCUGCAUCAGCAGCUGACCUCAGGGAGCAGCAGCAUAAGUGACCUGAUCGGCAUGCUGCCGCAGACUGCAAAUCUAAGCAAUAGCGGCCCCAUGUCAUCUCCAGGCUCUGACACACCCUUGAGUAUGUCAUCUCAACAUAUCAACAUAGCAGAUUACAGGUCAAGCAGUCAUCUUUCGUUACCAACUUCCAUGUAUUCUAGACACUCUUUAUCUACCUCUGGGCAAGGAUCGUCACAUUCAUCACAUCAAAGCCCAUCAGAAGCUGCAGAUCGUGGGGAACCCAGCAUAUCAUCCAUUGCCUACACAAGACAGGGAGAUAGUUAUGUCUGUUCACUUUGUGGGAAAGUGGUUGUAUCCAAAGCUGCUAUUACAAGACAUAUCCAACUGACUCAUGAGAAGAAAAAACCAUUUGAGUGUAACAUUUGUCACCGACGUUUUGGAUAUAAAAACAUUCUUAUGGAACACCAGAACAUCCAUUUUGGUAUCAAACCCUACGCGUGUACCCUGUGUGACAAAAGGUUUGCUGCUCGCUCCAAUCUGUUCCAACAUCGCCUCCUUCACAUGAAGCCCUUCUGCUGCUACAUCUGCAACAAGCGCUUUGACAGAGAUGAACAGUUACAGCGCCAUCUGAAGCUUCACCCCACUGCUAAUGUUCUCUCCUGCAGUCAGUGUCCUUUCACUGCGACAAAUGUUGAAGCACUGAACCAACACCUGCAGGAGAAUCACAAGCUACUCACCUACGACACCAGGAGACACUCGUCCAGCUUUGACAGUGACAGUGGGGACCCACCGUCUCAGGUGGUUAUGUCUUUACCAAGUCCAACCCUGACCUCACCCGACAAAUCUCCCGGACACAUGUCCCUGAACAUGGACUCGGAUGCCAUGAGGCGUAUCGACACCAUCUGCUCCCAGCUGGCCAGCCGCGGCCAGAGCCACCACACCAGUGAAGGCUCGCAGCAAGUCAAGCAGGAGCCCCUCUCCCCUGGAGGGGUGCGAUUCCCCCCAGACCACCACCAUUUCCCCCCUGCCUCCCCGUCUUCAAGAGAUCACCAUCAUUUCAAUCAUGGCUCCCCGACGUCAACAAUCAGCAACUCAUCCAUUGGCCUGUCUCGUGGUCAGAAUCGUCUACCUCCGUUUUCAUCAGCUCUUGCUCGGUCAUAUUCAAACCCUUCCGAUCCAGAACAAGGGAGCCCACUCUCAAUGACCACCGGCCGUAAAGAUACGUCCCCGAUUCUCGGAAUGGAUAUGAUUGGGAAUAAAUAUCAUGUUGCAUCCAACCCUCGAUUUCUACCUCCAAAUCGUAGAGCCAAUUCCAUGAACUCUAUGAACCCUCUAGGUUCAAUGCGGCAUGGCGGGCCAACCCCAGAACACGUUAGAUCCAUCGCUGACUCGACCAGCAACUUGUCUGAGUUCUUCUCAUCCCUACAAGGAUUGGUGCAGAGAUCGCAAGAAAUACCAGAACUUCAUGUCAAUAUUAGCAAACCAAAACUGACAAGAGAAAUAGGGACACAGUACAACAACACCAGCCUACCAGGAGAGCUGCCCUCCCUCGAGGACCUGCUCAUCUACUACGAGUCCCAAGGGAGGCUGUACCGCUGCCAGCACUGCCGCAUCAGCUUUGAGGAGCGGGGCCUGUACUUCCUGCACAAGUCCCUGCACGGUGAGAUGAGCCCCUGGCAGUGCAGCAUCUGCCACAAGAUCUGCGCUGACAGGAACGACUUCCACCUGCAUUUUGUCAACCAGCAGCACCGGCCUGACCAGAUGAUGCACUAGGUCCAGCCUGACCAGAUGAUGCACUAGGUCCAGCUUGACCAGAUGAUGCAUUAGGUCCAGCUUGUUCAUCAGGGAUCAGAUAGGGUAAUGUUUGUGUGCAGACUCCAGGAACUCAUGGUACUUUCAUGACACCUGGAAAGGUGUAUCAAAAUGAUUGCUGUAAUCACCAGCAUUUUUCUAGCUCUGACCCUAAUCACAUCUAGGACAUUACCCCCUGUCAGUAGUGUCAGUUACCUGUGGUAUUUUCACCCCUCCUCCAGGCCAUUACCUCUAGGUCAUUUACACCCCCCCUCUUGGUCUUUUACCAACCCUGGAGAAUGCUUGUUAUUUACAACAAAAACUAAAUUUACAAACAUGAGUACAAAUAUACAAUUUACCAAGUGGUGCCAUCACAUUUUGGGAAUUAGACUUUUCACCUCAUUUACCACUUUUGAUUUGCUCUGUGUGGAGCAAUAUAUAAGAGACGGGUGAUCGACCUUGGGAGGGGUGGGGGUAAUGUCCUACUCUCAGCUACUAUAUACCUUGCCAUAACCCUAACCAUAAUGCUACCUCUUAACACUUUUCAUAAACCUAAUAGCAAUAAGGGUAAAAAAAAAAAAUCAGUUGAUACUUUGUUUACUGUCAGCAGUUGUACAAGUACCAAAAAAGCUGGUAAAUUAUAAUUAACAUAAGAUAGUCAUUGCCUAAGAAAAUGCAUUAACAGAUUAUUUUUUUUACUAACUACUUUUUUUAGAUGUAUGUUGUUUUCAUUAAAUCAAUUUGUAGAUUUUAAUUAAGGCAGAAUAUUUUUCUUUGAAAUUUUUCAAAAACUGACAAAUUAAAAAAAAAAAAUGUUCACAAUGCAUCUUAAUUUUGAUAGUUGUUUUGAUGUGUUCACUAUGAAAGUUAGUUAUAAAGGGCGCUGGUAGAUUUGCUUCUGGUGGACAGCUUAGUGCUGUCAAUUUUUGUGUGGGUACCUUACCUAGCACU